AUGACAAUCGAUGAUGAUUUAUUUAAUGUCCCUGAAAACGAUGAAGAAAUCGAUGGUAAUGAUGAAGAUGAAGACUUAGAUGAUAACAGGUAUGGCAAUAAUAUGGAUAAUGAUGAAGGAGAAGAAAUGGGCGAUGACAAUGAUGACAACGAUGAAGAUGGAGAUGAUGAUAAUGAAGACGACGACGACGAUGGUGAAGAAGGUGAAGAAGGUGAAGACGAAGGUGAAGAAGGCGAAGGAGAUGAUGAUGACGACGAUGAUGAUAUGGAUGGAUCUAAAGAUGAAGAUUCAAAGUUCAUGGAUGCCAAAGAAUCACAAUCCAAAUCACCUGAAAGUAGAAAGCCUGAUGAUAUGGAGGUUGAUGAACCUAGUAAUAUACUGUUGAGACAAUCUAUGAUACAGAAGGCGAAAAUAGCCGAACAAUUCGAUAUCAUACCCACCUGUGCCAUUCCUUACGCGUCAGAAUGUCAUGCUAUGGCAUUUACUGAUGGACCUAAAUGGAUUUUAACUGGGGGAGAAGAUGGUUUCAUCAGAAAAUAUGACUUUAUAUCAUCAAUUCAAGGAAAAUCUCCUUUAACAAUGGCACAAAGACAUAAUUUGGUGGAUUCUGUACAGAAUUCCGGAGUUAUUAAUUCAUAUUGGGAGAAUGAACAACCAUUAACCAAGAACGAAUUGAUGAAAAGUAAUCCCAAGAUCAAAAUUGGUGAUUUCACCAAUGGUUCAGUCAAUUACGAACCUAAAGUCAAUCCUGUUUACGCUUUGGAUGUGGAAAGAAAUGGAUAUUGGUGUUUGUCGGGGACUUUGAAUGGUGGAUUGUCUUUAUAUAGCAUGAGAUACAAUGAAGGUCAACUUCAACAUUAUUUCAGACAUUCCAAUAACAACAAAGGUCAUAAUUAUGCUAUUUCUGCCAUCAAAUUAAAUUUCGAACAAGAUAAGUUCUUAUCUGGAUCCUGGGAUAAAAGUAUUAGACAAUGGGAUUUGAAUACUGGAGCCAACAUUAGUGUGUUCAGUGGGAGUACUGGACAAAUCUCCAACGUUGCUUUUAGACCAUUUGGAUUGACAGAUUUAUCUUUGGAUGUUGGUGGUGAUGAAGACGAAGAAAGUGAUAUGGGAUCUCUUUUCGGAAGUGAUGAUGAAGAUGAUGAUUCUGAAAAAAGACAAGCCAAAGAGAAACAAAGGAAGGAGAGAGAAUUGGCAAAGAAAGAGAAAACCACCAAAACAUAUACCAAUAAUGAUGUUUUCAUGAGUUCAAGUAUUGAUGGAUUAGUUAGUAUUUGGGAUAUAAGAGCAGGUGAUCAACCAGUGAUAAAAUAUGGAUUACCUAAUGGAACGCCGCCUUGGUGUGUUACAUCAGCAUGGUCAAAUGAUGGAGAUUUUAUUUAUGUGGGGAGAAGAAACAGUACUAUUGAAGAAUUUUCUCUUAAGAUGCCCCAUAAACGAGGUGUUAAACAAUCAUACAUUCCUAAUGUUUCCAAAACCUUACAAUUCCCCAAAAUCUCCGGAGCUGUCACUGCCAUUUCUACCAUGCCUAAUGAUAAUUUCCUUUUAUGUGGUUCUGGUGAUAACAUCAGGCUUUAUAAUUUAAGUCUUUAUAAUCCAGAGAAACCUAGUGUUUCCAAUCAAGCUACCAAGAGUAAACCUGCCACUCCAUUUUUAAUCAUUCCAGGUCAUCAAGGAGGUGUUUUAUCUUCAUUGUAUGUUGAUGACACUGGUAGAUUCAUGGUCAGUGCUAGUGGUAAUAGAGGUUGGGGUCAAUCUACUUAUACUGAUACAGUAUUGAUUUACGAGAUAGAUUUCGAGGGUUAG